AUGACUUCCUGGAAAUUUGUCAUGUUCUUUCUUGUUCACUAUCUUGUAAGUCUUGUUAUCGGUUUAACAAGUGCAACUGAUCAUGGUUGCCCAAACAGUAAUAGCACCUAUCAAUCUAACGUCAAUUUUCUCCUCUCUUCACUUGUCUCUAACGCCACCCGCAGCAAGGGUUUCUCCACCGGUUUCUACAACACCACCGUAGGCCAAGACCCUGACAAGGUCUACGCUCUCUUUCUUUGCCGAGGUGAUAUCACUCCCAUCACCUGUCAAAACUGUGUCAAUUUAUCUACCUCACAAAUUCUUCAAAGUUGUCCUGUUGAAAAAGAAGGUAUAAAGUGGUAUGGUGAGUGCAUUAUACGCUACUCAGACAAGUCUAUCUUUUCUGCCGUGGACGGUGAUCCCGGUAUUAUUAUUUCCAACCCUAAUAAUGUUACAGAUAAAGAUCGGUUUGACCAGCUAGUAAGGACCACAAUGAAGGAAGCAGCAAAUGAGGCCGCUGUUUCCCCUAAAAAAUUUUCGACAAAAAAGGCAAUCUUUACAACCAGUCACACACUGUACUGUCUUGUACAGUGCGCACCAGACCUGUCAAGUUUUGACUGUAACAGUUGUCUUGAACAGUCUUUUGUUAGAAUGCCGACAACCAAAGAAGGAGGAAGAGUUUUGGUUGCAAGUUGUUUUAACCAGUUUGAAUUUUACCGGUUUUAUAAUGAAAACGUUACUGCCACACCGCCGCCAACGCCUGUGCUCUAUUCUCCACCUCCUGUUUCUCCAACUCCUGUUUCUGUAGCAAGGCCUAAAGGAAAAAGCGGAAUUUCAUCUUCAAUAAUCAUUGCCAUCAUUGCUCCGAUUGUUGUAGCUGUAGUACUUUUCAUAGCCGGCUAUUGCUUCCUAAUUAGGAGAGCAAGAAAGAAGAAUAGUCCUCCAGCGGCAGAUAAUGCUGGAUAUGAUGUCAGUACAACUGUAGAGUCCUUGCUAUUUGAUCUGAGGACAAUUGAAGCAGCCACCGAAAAAUUCUCAACUGAUAACAAGUUGGGCGCAGGUGGAUUUGGUGAAGUUUACAAAGGCAUACUUCCUAAUGGAAAAGCAAUAGCAGUAAAAAGGCUAUCAAGCAGCUCUGGGCAAGGUGCAAAAGAAUUUAAGAAUGAGGUUGUAUUGGUAGCCAAGCUUCAACAUAGAAAUUUGGUUAGACUACUGGGAUUUUGCUUGGAGGGAGAAGAAAAGAUUCUUGUCUAUGAAUUUGUGAUGAACAAAAGCCUCGACUAUUUUCUAUAUGACCCUGAAAGACGAGCAGAAUUAGAUUGGUCAAGACGUUACAAGAUAAUUGGAGGCAUUGCUCGAGGAAUGCUUUAUCUUCAUGAGGAUUCUCGAUUGAGAAUUAUACAUCGUGACCUUAAAGCUAGUAAUGUAUUGUUAGAUGGAGAUAUAAACCCAAAAAUUUCUGAUUUUGGCAUGGCAAGGAUAGUUGGAGUUGAUCAAACUCAAGCGAAUACAAACAUAAUUGUUGGAACAUAUGGUUACAUGUCUCCAGAAUAUGCUAUGCAUGGGCAAUUCUCAGUGAAAUCCGAUGUGUAUAGUUUCGGUGUCCUAGUACUUGAGAUCAUUACUGGCAAGAAGAACAGCAACUUCUAUCAAACAGAUGGUGCUGAGUAUCUCUUGAGCUAUGCUUGGAAACAUUGGAGGGAUGGGACACCGUUGCAAUUGUUGGAUUCAACCUUGACAGAUUCUUGCUCGAGAAACGAAGUGAUUAGAUGCAUACAUAUGGGGUUGUUAUGUGUCCAGGAAGAUCCAGCUGACAGACCCACAAUGGCAGCAAUAGUUAUCAUGCUUAAUAGUCACUCUAUUACUCUUCCAGUUCCUGAAAAACCAGCCUUUUUUGUUGGUAGUAGAAUGGAGGCUAGCAUGGCAACAAAGGAGUUUGACUUUGAUCAAUCUAAAAGCAAGUUGACGCCACGGUCUGUUGAUGAUGCAUCAAUUACUGAAGUAUAUCCUCGAUAAUAGGGUGUUUUAGACUUCAAUUCACUUGUACAACCAAUAGUGACAAAAAUGCUUGUUUCUAUAUUGGCCAACUUUAUUCAGGCAGAUGUAUGCUCAAUAUUUUCUUGUGUAUGAUAUAAUUUUCACUAUGUUGUAUCGCCAGCCUUGAUGGUAUGCGCUGUAUAAAACAGAGUUU